UGCGAGUGAGAUUGAAACUAUUUCUGUUUCUUUUUGUCAUCCCUUACCUCUCUCACUUUGGGAACUGCUUCCUUCCCACUUUCACAGUUUUUGGAUUCUUUCCUUCUUACCAUAAACCCAACAAAUUUUGUCCACUUUUCUUUUGGAUCCAUCACACACUUCCAACACAUUACAGUUUCACUCUUCACUUUUCUCUUUCACUUCUUGUUCCUUCAUACUUCAAACUCACUUUCAAAACUUCAACAAAAACAUGCAAAAAAAAAACAGUGUUCCAUUUAGCUGAGUUAAGUUCUUAGUAUUAUUUUACCAAAAAUCCAUUAUAGAAAAAAGAUAAAAAUUUGAUUUUUAUAUUUUUUUUUGAAGUGGGUUUUGAGCCAAUAGAUGUGUAAGAGAGUGAAACAUCAUAGUACUGUACUUUGUUUUUUUUUUUUGGUCUGAAAAUUUAAGAUUAGUUUUUUUUUUUUUUUUUUGUUAGUACUUUUUGUGUUGUUGUUAUUGUUGUAAGAUAAGAUGUGACUAGGAUCUUGUUUGGUUGGAAGAGAAUAUUGUGUUUAUGAUUUGUUACUAGAUUUAGAUGUCAGAAACUAUGUAUCCUAAGUUGUUAUUUGAACAUACCCAUUUAAGAAUGUCUUUGAUUAAUCAUCAUCAAAUUUAUCAAAAAGAUGGUUACUUUAUAAAUUUUCCACCACCAUCAUCACAAUCUUCAUCAAGUUCUUCAACAACAUCAACAGCAUCAGGAACAACAGCACCAUCUUCAUCUUCUAGUACUAAGAUUAGUCCAGCUGUUCUUUUCAUCAUAGUGGUUCUUGCUGUUUUGUUUUUCAUAUCUGGUUUACUUCAUUUGCUUGUUAGAUUUCUCAUAAAGCAUCCAUCUUCAUCAAGUUCUUCUAAUAGACAACAUCAUAAUGAAAUUUCAACUUCUGAUGCACUUCAAAGACAGCUACAACAGCUUUUUCAUCUUCAUGAUUCUGGUUUAGAUCAAGCUUUUAUUGAUGCACUACCUGUUUUUCAAUUCAAGGAGAUUGUUGGUUUGAAUGAGCCUUUUGAUUGUGCUGUUUGUUUGUGUGAGUUUACUGAGAAAGACAAGCUAAGAUUGUUACCUAUGUGUAGCCAUGCUUUUCAUAUAAGUUGUAUAGAUACUUGGCUACUUUCAAACUCUACUUGUCCUCUUUGUAGAGGAACACUUCAAACUAAUGGAUUUUCUAUUGAAAAUCCGAUAUUCGAUUUCGAUGAUCUUAGGGAAGAUGAUGGUUGUCCUUGUAAUGGAGAGAAUAGAUUUGGUACUAGACAAAAAGAAAUUGUUGUUGAUGAAGUUGUAGAUAAAGGGGUUUUGCCAGUUCGACUCGGGAAAUUCAAGAAGACGAAUGUGGAAGUCGGUCGAGAGAAUGAAGAAGUAGGGGAAACAAGUAGUAGUAAUUUGGAUGCAAGAAGAUGUUAUUCAAUGGGAUCUUAUCAAUAUGUGGUUGGAAAUUCAGAGUUAAGGGUAGCCUUAAACCAUGAGAGUAUAACUCAUCAUGAUACAAGGAUUAUCAAAGGAAUUGAAAAUGGUGUUGAGAGUGAUUUGGAAGGAAAGAAGAUUAGUAAUGUUAGUAAAGGUGAAAGUUUUUCUAUUUCCAAGAUUUGGUUAUGGCCAAGAAAGGGAAAAUUUUCUUCUAGUUCUUUAGAAGCUCAUAAUGGAAUGACAUUGCCAUCUUAUCUUAACAAAGAUUUGCAGAAUCAUGGUGUAUGAAAUAAUGAAAGAAUCAAUUUUUGGCGCCGGGCAAAACCAAACAUACAAUAGUAAGAAUCUGGAUUUGAUAAACAUGGUGCAAACAUCAACUUCCUAGUACAAUGGAGAGAUCCAAGGUAGUUGAUUGAAUUUGGUUUAGAGCCUAAACUGUUUCAAAGCCAGACUUGUCUCUUUCUAUGUCAAUGUUAUCUUACCAUCAAUAUGUCUAGUUGUCUACUAGAUCAUGUUGUGUGACAAUUGCAUUUGCUUUAUAAGGUUUUUGGUUUUGUUUGAUAUUUCAUUAUCAUUCCACAUACUUUAUAGGAGAGUGUGAAUACAAACUUUUUUUAUGUUGAAUAUCUUUUAGUUUUUGGACAGUUGGGCAGUGAUAGUGAGGUCCACCAAAGUUGGUGUAAUAGAAGAAUAUAUCUAUCUUUUUAUGAAUUUUGAUUCAAAA